GUUGUUUCAUGGGGUCCAUAAAUCUCAGAUGGCAUUAGCUGGCACUGUUAGUGAUCAAGAUCACUGGUUGACUAAAUCUGCACUGGAAACAGACAUGUUAAUCCACCUAGUUAAUUCACUGUGGUAAGUAAUUACUGAACACUUAUCUAAUUAGCUAACGCUUUUACCUCUCAAACCCAGAGGUAAAUGCCAGAUUGAAAUUGGUGGUUCUCCUCAUUAUACCUUAAAAAUAAAAUUGAGAGAUAUGGCAUGGAAUAUCAAAUAAAAGUGUGCUGGUGCCCAUGGUAGUGAGUGAGUAUGGUGAGUCUCAAAAUUGCCAGUGGUUCCUGGGAAGGAGCAGCAGGUAGACCAGCCUGAGAUGAGUCAGGGGUAAGAGACAGAUGUAUUAUUACAAGCUAUCAACAAUAACUACUGUCCUAAGUUACAAAGGCAACACACAUGUUAAAGACUAUUUUGCCUCAUAGUCAUCAUUACCUUUUCCAGGAUAAGUGUCCACAGGAAUUUUUUGAUAUCUGGGCACAGUUGCAAAUGUCUAGUUGGUGGUAACAAUGGCAAGAUUUAGGCUACAUGGAUUCCUCAAUAUAAAGUCCCCUAUCCUUUUUCCUUCCUAUUCUGUAAAUUUUGCUGUCUGACCAAGAUGGGCCAAAGGAGGCCAGUGUGACAUUCAAAGAGUUUGCCAAGAAUGACUGUCACCAGGAAGAGGAGCGUCUUCUAACAUGGAGAACUCAGUUAGGAUAUGAGCACUUGAUUCUUGACUGUGAUGCACAUUCUUAGAAAUCCAAGCAUAUUAGGAGGUGUCUUGUAUUUGCUGCUGUUUGGCAUUUAUAGACAUUUUAGGUUCUGAUUCGCCUGAAAGCCAUGAGACUAUGUUCUUGAAGCUCUCACCAGCAUAGAACUUCAGUUGAUUGUUCUGGGAGUGAAGGGAAAAAAGAUCAGGAUGAAGUUAUCUAGUUUUCUAGAUUUUUCCAUCCCCAAAGUGAAAAGUGAGAAACAUUAGCAAAAGUAGUGAAUUCAUGCCUUUCUUGGCAGAGGCUCCGUUUUCUGAAAAUACUAUGCUGUAUUAUUCCAUGUGGAUUAACCCCUGAUUCAAUAAAUUUUACCAACAGCCUAUAGUUUAGAGAAAGAGGCCCUGGGAAAUAAGUUUUUUUAAAAAAUUAUCAGUCCUUCUGUGUGAACUGGAAUAAGUAAAGUUCAGAUAAAGGGACAUUCUGAGGUCCUGACUUUGGAUGCUUUCCUAACUUGUGAUGACAAAGAAUGAAAACAAGUUGGUGAGGGACUGGAUGGAGAGGGGAAACUGAAAUGUUUGAGAACUGGACGUUCUCGUAUGUAUUGGACACAGUUUUGAGAAGACCUGGUAGGCGUGGUAUAGAAACCAAAAGAGGACUUGUAUCCGUAUACAGUUUUCUCAAAGCAAAUAAGCCUGUUUGCAACAUCGAACCUGUGUUGGGAUCAAGGACAAAUGUAAGGGAAAGGUUCUCACCAAUAGUUAACAAGCUAACCAACCUGGUCAAAGAGCUAGGAUGGCACACCAUCAAAGGGGACCUAUCUUCUUGAGAAAGUUCUGCUCUGAGAACUGGGCUGUGGUAUAAAAGGCAUGUCAGGGAGGGCGUUUUUUAUUUGAUAGGAAAAUUUAAAAUGCUAAAGGAAAGUUUUUCAUAGCAAUUUUACAGGAAAACCUAAGUUUUAAGAGAGGGUAUCAUUCUAACUUGGAACUGAACUAUUAUGACUAGAUCUAUAAUAGCAAGUCACAAUAUUUCUCUUUCUUGACAUCAAUUUAAGAGUGACUGCUCACAUAGUAGAGAGAAUGGCUUCGGUUAUACCUGCCUCCAAUAGUUCCAUGAGAUCUGAUAGGAAUACAUAUGUUGGAAAAAGGUUUGUUCAUGUUAAAAAUCCUUACUUAGAUUCAAUGGAUGAAGACACUCUCUAUCACUUGGAUUUGGGAACAAAAACACACAACCUACCAGCAAUGUUUGGAAAUGUAAAGUUUGUCUGUGUUGGUGGGAGCCCCAACAGAAUGAAAGCAUUUGCACUGUUUAUGCACAAGGAGCUUGGGUUGGAGGAAGCUGAAGAAGACAUAAAAGACAUCUGUGCUGGGACAGACAGAUAUUGUAUGUACAAAAGCGGGCCUGUGCUCGCCAUCAAUCAUGGCAUGGGCAUUCCCUCCAUUUCUAUUAUACUUCACAAAUUAUUCCACCAUGCACGGUGCUGCAAUGUCACCAUUAUUAGAAUUGGUACAUCGGGGGAUGCAGGGAUUGCACCAGGGACUGUUGUAAUAACGGAUAUAGCUGUAGACUCCUUCUUUAAGCCCCAGUUUGAACAGGUCAUUUUGGACAUCGUCACCCAAAGUACGGAACUUGACAAGGAACUAUCUGAAGAACUGUUCAACUGUAGCAAAGAAAUCCCCAACUUCCCAACCCUCAUUGGACAUACAAUGUGUACCUAUGAUUUUUAUGAAGGCCGAGGCCGACUAGAUGGAGCACUGUGCUCCUUUUCCAGAGAAAAAAAGUUAGAUUACUUGAAGAGAGCAUAUAAAGCUGGCGUCAGGAAUAUUGCAAUGGAAUCUACAGUGUUUGCAGCCAUGUGUGGACUCUGUGGUCUAAAAGCUGCUGUGGUCUGUGUGACACUUCUCAACAGACUUGACUGUGAUCAGAUCAACUUGCCUCAUGAUGUCCUUGUGGAGUACCAGCAACGGCCUCAGCUCCUAGUCUCCAACUUCAUCAGACUGCGGCUUGGACUUUGUGACUAGACGUCCUAACGGGGCAGCCCAACCCUCCCCUGCAAGUUUGUAGCUCAAGUUGUAACAUGAAAGUCAUAUUUUAUUUGUGGCAUUUUUAUAUAGUUCUCAUCCACAUGCUAAAAUCAUAAUGGAAAGACUUUAUGAAAUCCUUCUCUCUUAAAAAGGAAUUUAUUGUAAAAGAAUUUAAUACUCACACUAAAUUAAAUUCAAAUUUCAUUUUAUAAUAAGUUAACUAAAUCAGUCUAAUAAUUAAAAUUUUAAAACUCCUGGAUUAUGACAUUUGGAGUUUCAUAUGCAGCAUUAAUUAAGCUCACAUCAAAAUAGACCAGCCAUUUGCAGAUACAGUUACCAGUCACUCUGUUUCUGAAACCAAUCCAGAAAUUCAUGUUAGAACAUUGU